AAAGUGCCAUGCAGGAAUUAACUGUGGGAGAGUUGCUGUUGGGGACAGCUUGCUGUGAAACUGUGUUAUUUCAGCUUAUUUGCUCUUUGUUAAGUUUCCUCCCCUUAUCCAUUGUGAUUUUUGGGGCAUGUGAUAGUUUAACUGUCGUAAUGAAAGGCCUGAGGCGUAUGACGAUGUGGGUCAGUAGGGCCUUUAUCAACAAGUAGAGGCUUCUAAUUCCUGAAGUGAAAUCCUCUUAGGAUCUAUGCUCUAUUUCUGUUGGGUCUAUAGGGUCUUUUUUGAAAUCUCCAUUAGACUAAGCUCAUUGGCUGGAAAAGACACAUGCGUGCACACAAAAACACACACCGUCCAGCAACAGAUCAGCUCAGCUCAGUGUAGACCAGUGCAAGGUUAGCUACUGACACAAAGCGAGGACUUCACUGUGACUGUGGGAGGUCGCUAACCAGAAACAUGUCUGACAAAAUGCUUGAUUUGGAAGAGACCGCUACCCAGACAGGUCCAAAAGGAGUCAUCAAUGACUGGAGGAGGUUUAAGUUGGAAAGCAUGGACCAGGAAAACUUGCCACCUGCAAAAAGAGAGCUGAUGAGACAAAUGUCAUCCCCGGGCAGGCCAAAAGAUGACGGCAAAUCAAACGUUAACCGCAAGAUGAGUGUCCAAGAGUACGAGAUGCUUAAGGAGGAGGAUGAGGGAUGUCUAAAGAAAUACAGAAAGCGGUGCAUGCAGGAUAUGCAUGAUAAACUCAGCUUUGGGCCCAGGUUUGAAGGUGUGCAUGACCUGGUCAGUGGAGAGACCUUCCUUGAGGUCAUCGAGAAGGAGCAUUACAGCACAGUGGUGGUAGUCCACAUCUACAAGGCUGGGGUAAAAGGUUGUGAGGAGGUCAACAGCUGCCUCGACUGCCUGGCCACCGAGUACCCCGCUGUAAAGUUCUGCAGGAUCGAUGCUGUCGCGUCCGGUGCUUCAGAGCGGUUCUCUGAUGAGGUUUUGCCAACGCUGCUGGUGUACAAGGCCGGAGAACUACUAGGGAACUUCCUGGCCUGUACGCAGCACCUAACCGAGGAGUUCUUCGCCACCGAUGUGGAGGCCUUCCUCAACAGCUACGGCCUGCUGCCAGAGAAAGAGUUGGCUGGUGUGGAAGACGAAGAGGAAAAUGAUGUAGAGUAAGCACAGAGUUUGGCUGCUGAGGAAGAAAGGAAGUUGAAAGACAAUAUGACAUAAGACAAAUAGAAAACCAUAACAUCUCCACUAGCUCACUAGUGUUUGAGAAUUGUUCUCUUAGGGACAAAAUGUAUCUGAUGUCCCAGAUAUGAGUGUGGGCUACAGUAAGGUGAGGAGAUUCACCGUUUAUUUAUGAAAAAGUAUAUCUCAAAUCCUCUCCCUCCAAACAAAAGCCAAAACAAGCUAACUGUAAUUUAAAAUAAUUGUAAUGUUUUAUUUUGUAAAGAUAGAUAUAAUUAUAUGCUGUAUGUACUCAUAAAAAUGUAUUAAUUCAAGGACUUUUUUAUAGCAUGUUGUUUGGGUUGAUCUGUACACAAGUUAUUUAUAAAUCCAGGGUUUGUACAAAGUGACAUCUUCAAAUGUGAUACAAUAUUUAAACACAUGUAUACUUCAGUUCUCUGUGGUGUUUAUGCCAAGAUUUAAAGAACCUUUAAAGGGCUAAAUAGGACAGGGAAUCUUAAUACUUAAGAGGCCAAAGCACUCUGGAUGUGGAAACAUUUUUGUGUAAACAUGUCUUCCAUCUGUCCAGUACAACAUUACCUUCCCUCGCUUCUGAAGCCAGUGUGGUGGGAGGUCCAUAUUGUUUCUGGAAAAUUCAUUCAUGAGCCUCUGGUAUUUUACCAUCAUCAGUGACAAGAAAGGAAAUCGUGAGUCUUGGGUUUUCUUAGUGCGACUCAGCAUGACGGCCAAUAUCAUCAUCGUCAUAUUCGAUUUUGCUAUGGGUUUGGUAACUAUUUUAAACUUGAAUAUGUUGAAACAUAGUCUACUAUACAUGUUGUCAAGAAUAAAAAAUAAUAAUAAAAUGACAUAAAAUAUU